AUGGCAACAAUAAGUGGUCUGAGUCUCUCAAACCCUAGGCUUCUCCUCAACUCACCGGGAUUUCCACAAACCAUCAAGUUCUCAUCACCGUCGUCACUCUCGACACGCCAAACCUUAACCGGAUCGGGACGGAUGAAGAUAGUUCGACCUGUCCAUGCCGCACCAGAACAAAUAUCGAAGAAGGUGGAGGAGAGCAUAAAGACAGCGCAGGAGACGUGUGCUGAUGAUCCUGUUAGUGGAGAAUGCGUGGCGGCGUGGGAUGAGGUGGAGGAGCUCAGCGCGGCGGCGAGCCAUGCAAGGGAUAGGAAGAAGGAGUCUGACCCGUUGGAGGAUUACUGUAAGGAUAAUCCGGAGACUGAUGAGUGCAAAACUUAUGAUAACUGA